AUGGCGCUCCUGACUCCUGCCUUUACGCAGCAAAAACUCUGCGUGGACUUCGCAAGUCUGAGCCAUGCAUGMCCAAAGGGCAUCUACGUGGCUCCAGUCCCAGAUGAGCCUCUGGUCUGGAGCGGCACGCUGUUCGUUCGCAAAGGACCGUAWGCAACGGCCAUAUUGAGAUUUCAAAUCGCUUUUGCAGAUGACCAUCCCCAGAGGCCGCCAGUGAUCACGUUCCAAACCGACGUCUUCCACCCUCUGGUUACACCGCUCACGACGUACACCUACUCUACCCGCGACUCGGGCGCGGGCACGGAUCCGCAGAGUGCAGCAGACGAGCAACGAUUGCCUCCCGGCGGCCUCAGUCUCCGUCACGGCUUCCCGGAGUGGUUCCAACUGUCGGGCGCGGGGGUAGUUGGGACGAUGAAUUACGGUGUUUCACGCGCCGACGAUGGCGUAGAAGGACAAUCUAGCGCGGAGCACCAGCGGGCACCGCAUGUGGUGGAGCUACUGCAGUACAUUCGCAUCGCUUUCGACUCGGAAGACGUCUUGGAUUCUAUACCACUCGAUGCAGCGGCCAAUGCAGGCGCAUGGCACGCAUGGAGAAGUUUUCGGGCGAAGAGCACGAGCCAAGCUAUACCCUUGCCACGCUCCGAGAUCAAGCAACCAGACGCUGAGCGCAGUCAGUCGCCCAGACAGCAGCCGGGCGGGGCACGACGACCGGGUGAGUGGAAUUGGCAAGGCGUCUGGGAGGACAGAGUACGCAAGAGUAUCCACGCCAGUGUCUCUGAGCCAGUGUUGUAUGGUGACAACAAGAACGAUGUGAUCAGUUUUGUCAAGGUCGAGCCAGACGUCCUCGAUCAGCUACUUCAAGCUCCACACGUUGCUGGAUAG